AUGUCUGAUUACGAGGAAGCAUUUAACGACGGCCCAGAGAACUUUGAGGAUUUCGAUAACGAGCACUUCUCCGACGCGGAGGUCUAUGACGCUCCAGAGGAGUUCAAGGAUGGAGAGACCAAGGACGAAUCGGGGAAAACAAUCAUAACUGGUGGAACUGGUGCUGAAGACUUCCAGCAACACGAGUCUAACCGCAAAAGAACCCUGAAAGAAAAAGCCAUUCCAAAAGACGAGCGUACCACGACGCCAUACAUGACGAAGUACGAACGUGCACGUAUUCUCGGUACGCGCGCUCUCCAGAUCUCGAUGAACGCGCCCGUGUUCGUGGAUUUGGAGGGUGAAACCGACCCGUUGCGCAUUGCGAUGAAAGAACUAGCGGAGAAGAAGAUCCCGCUGGUGAUUAGACGUUACCUACCAGAUGGCUCUUUCGAGGAUUGGAGUGUGGAGGAAUUGAUUGUGGACCUGUAG